AUGCCGCUGACCCAGUUCCCCGUCGUGCAGACGCUCGUGCGCGCAGCGCAGCUGCCGGCGCCGUGGGACGACAUGAUCGCGCACUUUAUCUGUGCGGGCGCGCUGCUCUUUGGCCCCAGCACGAAGACGCGCAAGCCCGUGGAGUCGUGGCACCUCGCCGCCGAGGCGCUGCAGGCGUCUGCGAGUGUGUUUCUGCGGCUCUUUGCGGCGCUCUCGCCGGGGCGCUGGGCGAUCCCCGUGCUCGUGUCGCUGCUGCGCGACCUGCGCUGGACGGCGAAGUGCGCGGACGACGCGGCGCAUGCCGUCGCGCGCGACGCGCGGCGCACGAAUCCGCACAUGGAGGAGUGUGCACGCACGCUGAACCGCGGCUUUUCCGCGUGCGUGGCGGACCGCUACCCGUCGAUGGCGCAGAGCAAGAAGUGGGGCACGUACGCGAUGGUGAACCUCGUGUUCCGCACGUACUUCCAGCUGCACUCGAUCUCGCUGUGCAAGAACAUUCUGCGGGCGCUCGGCGCCGGCGACCUGCCGCCGCUCGAGGCGUUUCCCAAGGCGCAUGUCGUCACCUUCCGGUACUACGUGGGUCGCCUUGCGCUGCUCGAGGAGGACUAUGGCAGGGUACGUGCGCGCGACUUACCCAGGCGGAAGCGGAGCUGUCGCAGGCGCUCGCGCUCGCGCCGCGCUCGAGCACCGCCCACAUCGAGUACGUCGCGCGACUCACACAGACGCAUCCUCGUGUACCUGAUCCCGAUCCGGCUCCUCCAGGGCCAGCAGCUCGCGCCGGCAUGGCUCGCGGAGUUUCCCCGCGUGGCGCAGCUGUAUGCGCCGUUCCUGCGCGCGUGCCAGCGCGGCGAUGUGCGGGCGUAUGACGAGGCACUGCGCGACUCGGCCGUGGAGCGCGCGCUCGUGCACCUGGGCGUGUACCUGGCCAUGGAGCGCGCGCGCGAUGUGUGUGUGACGCGCCUGCUGCGCCGCGUGUGGGCGCUGAGUGGGCGCGGCACGCGCCAGCGCCUCGCGCCGAUGGCCGCGGCCCUGCAGUGGCUGGGCGCGGCGGACGACGCGGACGGCGCCGAGUGGCUUGUCGCGACGCAGAUGGCGCGGGGCCGCGUCAAGGGCUACAUAGCGCAUGAGCGGCAGAUGCUCGUGCUUAGCGCGAGCGAGCCGUUCCCGCAUGCGUCGCUGGCCAUGCUGUAG